UUUUGUUGGCAGCAGUGGGAAUGGAGACAGAGACCGAUAUCAGCUGACAAGGGAGGAAAAAACAUACUUUUGCGGGGUCCAGCGCAGCGGCGGCGACUGCGGUAUUGUUUCUUAGUUUUUCGGUGCUUACGUCAUGCCGACACAUCACCGCUGAAUGAUAAUACACUCCUCUCCGUGGUUUUUUUAUCACAGUCGACGACGAGAGUUACCCCAAACAGGUUUCUCUUUAUCGCGGCAGUAGCGAGCCGGCGCAUUUGGAUCCUCUCGGUCUUGGCCCAGUCAACUCACGACCUCACGAGUAACUGCACAAUAUGGGACUUCUCUCCGAAGGAAGUCCACUUACGUGGCCGCAGACUAAGGCCUUAGCCGACCACGUGCGGAAACACGGGAUCACCCAGUUCAUUAAUUUGUUUAACAGGGUUCAGGACAGAAAAGGUGACAUCCUUAAGUGGGGAGACGAGGUUGAAUACAUAAUUGUCAAACUUGAUCAUGAGAAUAAAACAGCGAAAGUGAGUCUUCGGGCUCAUGAGAUUUUAGCUAUUUUGAGAGAAAAAGAAGAGAAAGAUCCUGAUGCGGUUAGGUCUCUUUGGCGCCCUGAGUAUGGAGCUUACAUGGUUGAAGGGACUCCUGGCAAGCCCUACGGAGGGCUUUUGGCGCAUUUCAAUGUUGUCGAGGCCAACAUGCGCUACAGACGAGAAGAGGCUGCAGCCCUUUUGCAACCUGGAGAAGUCCUCAUGUCGAUUACAAGUUUUCCAAGGCUCGGCUGCCCUGGAUUCACCGAUCCAUUCCAUAAACCAACACCGACAGAGGGAUCAAGUCAAUCACUCUUUCUGCCAGACGACGUCAUCUUUCCUGGUCAUCCACGCUUUAAAACAUUGACGAGAAACAUCCGCGAGAGGCGUGGUGAGAAAGUGGCCAUCAAUUUGCCCGUUUUCAAGGAUAAGAACACGCCGAGCCCGUACGUUGAGGAUUUGUCUCAAUACGGGGAUGACGGUACUUCGCAAAGCGCAGCUUUGCCUGAUCACGUUUACUUGGAUGCCAUGGGAUUUGGAAUGGGCUGUUGUUGCCUUCAGGUCACAUUCCAGGCGUGCAACAUCAAUGAGGCCAGGACCUUGUAUGAUCAACUCACUCCCCUCUGUCCUAUUCUGCUGGCUUUGACUGCGGCAUCUCCAGUCCAUCGCGGAAUGCUGACUGAUGUUGACUGCCGAUGGAAUGUCAUUUCUGGAUCGGUUGACUGCAGGACGCGCCAAGAAAGGGGAUUGGAGCCCAUUCCUACAGGGUCGGGCGUCAGGAGAAUUGCAAAGUCACGCUAUGACUCAAUUGACUCCUAUCUCUCACGUGAUGGUGAAAAAUACAACGACGUGCCGCUGGUGAUGGACGAGAAUGCCUACAAACAAAUGAUUGAUGCCGGUAUUGACCCCCUUUUGGCCCAGCACAUUGCCCACUUGUUUAUCAGGGACUCUGUGUCGCUAUUCAGUGAAAAAGUUGAUCAAGACGAUGAGCAUGACACUGACCAUUUUGAGAAUAUUCAAAGCACUAACUGGCAGACGAUGAGGUUCAAACCUCCGCCUCCUUAUUCGCCAAUCGGAUGGCGCGUCGAGUUCAGGCCUUGCGAGGCGCAGCUCACAGAUUUUGAGAAUGCCGCGAUUGUUUGUUUCGUCGUUCUGCUGACAAGGACAAUAUUGUCCUUCAAACUCAAUAUGCUAAUCCCUAUCAGCAAGGUUGACGAAAACAUGCAGAAUGCCCAAUUAAGAGAUGCCGCAAAGACGCAGAAGUUCUGGUUCCGCAAGAAUAUUACCACAGGUGACUCGCCCAGCUGCUGUCAGUCGCCGACCAAUUGCAAACCCGAUGGCGAAUAUACUCAGAUGACCCUGGACGAAAUCAUCAACGGAAAGGAGGGCGAAUUCCCCGGCCUCAUUCCGCUUGUUCACAAUUACCUGUCCAACAUGGACGUUGACGCAGACUCGCACUGCACCAUCCAGCAGUAUUUGAAUUUGAUCCAAAAGAGGGCGGCUGGAAAACUUUUGACCACUGCUUGUUGGAUCAGGAAUCAAGUCGUCAGUCACCCGGAAUACAAGUUUGACUCUGUGGUUUCUGACCACAUAAACUACGACUUGCUGAAGACAAUGCAGGAAAUCCAAGCGGGAAUACGGCCAUGCCCCGAGCUGCUGGGACAGAAUAUAAUUACCAAAACUAGGGACCAAGUGCCUGAAACUUUGGUUAAGGCUGAGAGGUGUUGAUGGGGAUGCACUAAAAACUCUUCUGUAGUAUUGAGAAAAAAAUUAAAGGUGCUUCACUAUUUUUAGCACAAAUCAAUUCGGGUUGUGCUGCAAAACUUAUAUUCACACUGCAUUAGAGCCCAUGUGAUUAUAUUUUAACAUUUUUAUUGAUUGAGGCCAUGUAGCUCUGAUUGUACUUAUGAAAAACUGUAUUUUUAGCCUUCCAUGGUACCCAUGGUUUCUCGUCCACCUGAAUCUUGUCAGGUGGGAGUGUAUAUUGAUUUGAUAUUAAUUUUCAUCUAAUAUAUUACUUAGUUAACAUUCCAACUUUGGAUGAAUGUGUUUACAUUUUACCAGAAGAUAUUUAACAAUUUUUAUCUGGUGUUUGAAGAGGCAUUUAGAAGAGUUCACGUGUUGCGUGCACGCAAGCUGCGUGCUGUUGUGUUUAAACAUUGAAAGAUUUAUUCUUACUGAUGUAUUAGUUUCAGGUUUAUACCAAUUUAUUGAUAAAUACUAUGCAGUAAACACA